CCUACAUCACUCUAUCCUCUACCACUUUACACCAAAACCUCCCCCCAAAAAUCAAAAUGCGUUUCGAGACCACAGUCAUCGGCCUCUUGGCUGCUGCCACCACCGCCGUCGCCAUCUCGGUGCCUCCCCAGGCCGCCGUGGCAGGAGGGCUCAUCGCCCGCCAGGAGGAGGCAGACUUCACUCCGACCCGCGUGAAGCGGGAGGCGGAGGAAGAUGCAGCCGACGACGAGGCGCAGUUCGACACCAGGGACGUUGAGCACGACGACCCCAACGACCCGGGACACGUCGACCCAGCGCCUCCUGCGAAGCCUCCCGUCAAGGCCAGGGAUGAGGCGACCAAAGAUCAAGUAGACGACUCUGAUGCUGCUGCUGCUGAAUCUGACGAUGACGCAAGUGCUGACCAGGACAGUUCUAACGAUGCCCUCGACAAGAGGGACGACAAGGACAAGAAGGACGACAAGGACAAGAAGGAUGACAAGGACAAGCAGGACGGCAAGCACUCGGGCGGCAAGAACAUGACCAACAUGCCCAACAUGACCAUGCCGGGGUCUGGGGGCGCUGGAGGCGCCGGAGGCGCCAAGGGUGCUGGCUCCAGCGUCGGCGUGAGCGUCAUGCUGGGUACCGUGCUGGGUGGUGUCGCUUUGGUCAUGGCUCUUUAGGUCUUUGGAAUGAUGGACUACGGGUUUCGUGCACACGGAGUGGUCGAUAUAUCUGUUAUGCGGCCAUCCAAGUCUCAGAUACUAUUGGCAGGACGUUGG